AACGUAAUCACUGUUCGGUGUUCGUUCCAUGGCCCUUUUAGCCGCGUCAUCCGCCUUUUCGUUUCCUACAAUUCCUUUAUGCGCCGGCACCCACACGAAGAUCACUGGCGUCCUUUUCUUAUCUACAGGUCCGUUCAAAGAUUCAAGCACUUUUAAUACACUGGCUGAAUCGCUGUACACGAUCAGCCUUCUUACGUCACCCGAUUGUCUGUACCAUUUGAGGGCUUCCGCCAACGCUAUCGCCUCCGCUGUGAAAAUCGUGGCACCUGGAUUCACACUGAGGGUGUUUUCCACCCAGCUGGGACGCUCGUCAGAGCCUGCACCGGUGCGGCCAUCAUUUCCCCGGCUCUCCAGUCGAUCCAGGGUUCAGGGCAGGUCGUCAGCCCCGCGGCCAGUCCAUCCGAGCCAGACCUCGCCAUCUCCAUGAAGUCUGCGUUUUUCCUAAAAAUUUUGACUACAUCAAAUCCCGGGUGUAGCCACGUCUCCGUCACCGCCAGGAUAUCAUACUCUAUAAGCGCUCUAAUUUCUGCAACCUUGUUUCUAAC